UUCUUAUUUUAAAAUGUUUUCUAAAUCAAAAACUUCUCUAAAUAAUGCUCAAAAGCGAGAAUUUUGCCUUUAUACUCAUGAAAAUAAAAUGACUUGUACAAAAUAUAUAGAUUGGAUUGAACAAAAAUGUGAAAUACUUAAUCGAGACAAAAAAAGAAAUCGAUCUGUUACUGUUCCUGAACUUGAAAUGGCUCUUAAAGAGUUUGUAUUAACCUACCAACACAAGACAGUUUUAAGUGAUUUAAUGUUAAUUGAAAAAGCAAAACUAUUUGCCGAUGGAUUAGGAGUUCCUGUAGGCACAUUAAAUUUUUCUUCGGGUUGGCUUCAGAAGUUCAAAGAACGUAAUGGAAUUGGUCGUGAAAAGUUGCAUGGAGAAAAUGAAUCAGUUAAUGAAAAUAUUAUUAUUAGAGAACUUCCAUUAUUACGAAAUAAGUGUAGUGAUUAUUCUCUUGAACGAAUAUACAAUAUGGAUGAAAUUGCACUUUUUUAUCAAUUAGAACCAGAUCAUUCACUAGCUAUACAACGUCUUUCUGGACAUAAAAAAAAUAAAGAGUGUAUCACAGUUGCACUAUGUGCAAAUGCUGAUGGGUCAUAUAAAUUAAAUCUUCUAAUUAUUGGAAAAUAUGCUAAACCAAGAUGUUUUAAAAAUGUUAAAAUUUCAAGUCUAAAAAUAACAUACUAUAAUAGUGCUAAGGCAUGGAUGUUGACAACACUUUUUCAAAAAUGGUUGCGUGAUUUUGAUUUUCAAAUUACAAAAAAACAUAGAGACCAACCUGUAUUGUUAAUUCUUAAUCAAUGUUCAAGUCACAAACCAGGUUGGAAUGAAGUUAUAGCUCAAAUGAUCCAAAACUGCUGGCAUUAUACACGUAUACUUCCUGUUGAUAAAUUACUAUUUGAAGUACCAUUGUUUAAUGAACCAUUAAUUGAAAUACCAUUACUUGAAGAGCUUUUUCAAAAUCUUAAUGAUUUUAAUUUUUCUGAUGCAAUGCAUAUAGAAGAAUAUCUAGCUAUUCCUGAAGAGGAUAUCGUAUAUGAAGUUCCUAAUGAGGAUAAAAUUAUUAUAAAUCUUAUUGAAACAUUUAGAAGAACUGACAGUGAGUAUAAUGAAAAUCAAGAAAUGGCAGAUGAUAGUAUUGAAAAAGAGAUUAUAAGUCCAAAUGUAGCUUUAAAAAGUUUGGAAAAUAUUCAUAUUUACUUACUUCAACAAGAAGAUGCAAAUGAAUAUAUCAAGUUAGUUAAUCAAUAUUUUAAUCAAGUUGAAAGCGAAAGGUUACCAGUAGAUAAUUAUAAAGACCUCUAUUGCGAUGAUUUUGAUUUGC